AUCGCGAACGGUCUCUCGCUGGGCGCUGCGGCCGCUGCCCGGCGCCCGGGACUCCCCGCCCUCCCGCGCGACCCCGCGCCCGGGCGGGCGGCGCUUGCGGCGGGCGGGGGGCGGGGAGGGGAGAGGGGGCUCGUCUGGGGGUAGCCGCCUCCUCUGCAGCCUGCUGGCGCCUCGAAACCCGGACCUGCCUCCGCCUCUUCCUCCAGCGACUCCAUCCCUCCUCCCGCGCCUCGUCCUCCCGCCGCCCCCGCCGCCGCGCCCCCGGUGGCUGCCUCGGCGGACCCGGGAGGGGGCCCGCCGCGUCCGCCGCCCGCUCGGCUCGGCCCGGCCCGGGAGGCGUGCAUGCCCCUGCUGCCCGCGGCGCUCACCAGCAGCAUGCUCUAUUUCCAGAUGGUGAUCAUGGCAGGGACGGUGAUGCUGGCGUACUACUUCGAGUACACCGACACGUUCACCGUGAACGUGCAGGGCUUCUUCUGCCACGACAGCGCCUACCGCAAGCCCUACCCGGGCCCGGAGGACAGCAGCGCCGUGCCCCCCGUGCUCCUCUACUCGCUGGCCGCCGGGGUCCCCGUGCUCGUGAUAAUAGUUGGAGAAACUGCUGUGUUUUGCCUACAACUAGCCACACGGGACUUUGAAAACCAGGAGAAAACUAUUUUAACUGGAGAUUGUUGCUAUAUAAACCCACUGGUGCGGCGAACUGUACGAUUUCUGGGUAUUUAUACGUUUGGGCUAUUUGCUACAGAUAUCUUUGUAAAUGCUGGGCAAGUAGUUACCGGGAAUCUGGCUCCACAUUUUCUUGCCCUUUGUAAGCCCAACUAUACAGCACUUGGAUGUCAGCAGUAUACACAGUUCAUCAGCGGGGAAGAGGCCUGCACGGGCAACCCAGAUCUCAUCAUGAGAGCAAGGAAAACGUUUCCAUCCAAAGAAGCGGCUCUCAGUGUCUAUGCAGCUAUGUAUCUGACAAUGUACAUCACCAACACAAUCAAAGCCAAAGGAACAAGACUUGCUAAGCCCGUUUUAUGUUUGGGCUUAAUGUGUUUGGCCUUUCUUACUGGACUCAACAGAGUAGCAGAAUAUCGAAAUCAUUGGUCCGAUGUGAUAGCAGGCUUUCUGGUUGGAAUAUCUAUAGCAGUAUUUCUGGUUGUGUGUGUGGUAAAUAACUUCAAAGGAAGACAACCAGAAAAUGAACAUCUCCACAUGGAUAACCUGGCACAGAUGCCAAUGAUCAGCAUUCCUCGCGUAGAAAGUCCUUUGGAAAAGGUAACAUCUGUACAGAACCACAUCACCGCCUUUGCAGAAGUCACAUGAUAUUGAAGCAGACGGUUUGUCACUGCAUUGGACAUCGUCCCUUUUCACCAUCCAUUCAUAACACCCAAAGUUUGUUUGAUUACAAAAGAAGUUUAUAAAGUUGUCUAAUAAUUUUUAUAAUUUUAAAAUCAGUGUCAACUUAUCUGUUUCCCCCACUAGACUGUGAGCUCCUCAAGGGCAGGGCUGUGUCUUCUCUGUAUCCCCAGCACCUACAACAAAGCCUCGCACAAAGUAGGUGUUAAAUAAAAUGUGACGGCCGAAUGAAAAAAUUAAUUCUUAAAUAAAACACUCACUUUAGUUUCUCACAGAAUCACUGAGACUAUGUGAAAAGAACCUUUACAGAAAUCAUAAUGUAUAAGAAAUCCCUCCAUUUGGGGCUAGUUUUUUUAGUUCUUAUACCUAUUCAGCAGUAUACUACGUUUCAUUUGAAGUGGACUUUGAAAGUCAUGGGGGUUUUAUGUUAUUAUUCAGCAUGACAUUAUUUCCAUCCUAACAGAUUUCAGUGUGUGAAGUUACUUUUAGAAAAUAUGUUCUAUACUAAAAUAAUGUUUGCACAUAAUAUUAUGCUAUAUUUCACUUAAAAUACCAUUCAUACUAUACAUUCUAAGACUGGUGCUUCUGCUUUUGAAGGGGAAAAUGCCAAUUUUUACUGUAAUAAGUAAUGUAUCAUAAUUAAAAAUUAUUUAUUUGGA